CACGCCCUGUAACACAGUCCGAAACGGUGGUUCCGACCAACAGCACCAGCAAGCGAUGGCAGAACCUCCAGAAUACCUCUUCCGCGUGUGGUCAGCUUCGUCCAACGGUACGAACACCACAACCCUCUUCGCACCAGCCUCACUCGGCAAAGGAAGCCUCGUCGUGACGGUACCGAGAAACCCAAGCGUCACCGAACUACGAGUCGCCUUCAGAGGCGACGAGGUCUCAGCGAACCGCUUCGUCUUCUUCACCCCAAGUCUGCUGUUCGCCUUGCAAUAUGCUGCACAGCUUGCUUCCAAGGGCAGGACUGGCCUCCGCAUCACCUGUCUUCGCACUGAGACGGCGCAGACGGGGUACCAUAAGAAAGUCCGCUUCUGGCAUGCUACCGAGCUCAUCAAGAUAGCGGGGAUGGUGAUGAGGAAGAACCGUGACGGCAAGGACAUUGACUACAAAGACGAAUGGCUCGCGAUCGAUUGCUCGGUCAUUCCUGGACUCGGAUCGUCAGUGGCGGAUUUCGAUACGCUGAAGAAGGUUGGCUUGUACGAUCUCUAUCCCGAGCUGGGUCAGGCGGCGCAGAGGAAUAAUGUGCAUCUCUAUUCGGCAUUGCGUGAUCUGCGGACGUAUGCUUUCAGCACUGGACGUUGCUGGGCGUUGUGUGAGGAAGUGGUUGGGGUUGCCGGAAAGCUUGCUGCGGCGUUCGAGCCGAUUCGCGGUCGAUCUGACGAGCAAACAGCCCAUGUGUACGCGUGGUUUCUGGCGCUGCGCAAGAGACGCGUAGACGAUCUCGUGCUUGAAGGACGUUCAGCGUCUUCUGCCGGUCCAGCGCAUACAGCUGAAAGCAUUGUCGAGCUGGCCGAGGACGACAACGAUGAUGACGACAAGGCUUAUGGCACCGCCGAAAUCAUCGAUCUUACUGGGGAAGGCGAAGCUGCAGGCGAUCCGGUGGCGGCUAAUGGGCCACGUUCGAGUGCGCUGAGACGGACCCGCGUUUUGAGACCCAAUGUGGUCGGGUCGAACGGUAUGCCAGAGCUGGACCAAUUCCUUGCCUUAAGCACACGGUACGGUUUGCUCAUCGUUCGCGCCGCCGAAGCAUCCACGGCUGCGAAGAUCAGUCGCGUUACGGUUAUGCGAGAGAUUGAUGAAUGGAAAAUGUACAUUCGCCAAAGUCGAGCUGAGGACCGGGCAACAAGACCGAGCAUCCAGCGUGGAAGUGGAGGAGGCAGAUCAUCCCGAGUCACGAAACCUGAGAGACGUGCAAGAAAUGGCACAUGGUUGCCGCGGCGGGUUGGGAAGAUGGGUACGGGAGGUGCACGCGAGCGGCGUGGAGAGAGGUCCAGGCGCUGAAGGAAAGAAGGCUGAUAGGCUCGAAGACUACGGUGUGUGGCUCACUACUCGUGUAUAGUUAGUAUACUACGCGCGCACAAGCAACAGGGCUGAAGUGGAACGCCGCCAGCUUCUGGAAGCGGAAGAGAUGCUUCCCGAGAUACCAUUCUUGAAGCGCGACUAUUUCCGCCCAGGUUUGGUUGGAACAUUAUUGAGUUCACUGCAG